GCAAACGUGUUAAAUUUUUGUUGACUAUAUUUACAUUAAAAACCAAGACAUUCAUGGCUGCAGAAGUGUCCCAAUUGCUGCUGGCGGUGAUCCAAGGCAUAGCAAACGGCGCGACAAACGAUGACCUGACCAAAGCACUUCCUGACAUUGCACCAGCCACCCGGGUGGAAGCCCUAAAUAUUUUACUGCAACAAGGUGGAAUCGAAAUCCUGAAGAAGGGCGAAAAGCUGGUGUACCGCGCCCGCGACCCAGAGAAAAAGAGCGCCCUGCCAAAGGAUGCCGAUAAUGAGGAGAAGGUCGUUUACGGUAUCGUCGAGGAGGGCGGCAAUAAGGGAAUCUGGAUCCGGGAUAUUCGCAUGAAGUCUAAUUUAAAUAUGAUCCAGCUGAACAAGAUCCUCAAAAACCUGGAGACCAAAAAGCUUAUUAAGGCUGUAAAGUCGGUGAACGCUAGCAAAAAGAAGGUAUACAUGCUGUACAAUCUGGAGCCUGAUCUCUCGAUCACUGGAGGCGCUUGGUACCAGGAUCAGGACUUUGAGGUUGAGUUUGUCGACGUUCUCAAUCAGCAAUGUCUACGCUUUCUGCAAAUGAAGCGCGAUGGUGCGGAGAAAAAGCGCGAAGGUCCCCUGGCCUUCAAGCAGAUGUCCUGCUGCACAGUAAACGAGGUGCACAAAUUCAUAUCGGAUCUGGGCAUCAGCAAGGUUAACCUAGCAGAAGCUGAUCUGGAAACGAUCCUUAAAACUGUCGUAUACGAUGGAAACGCCGAACGAGUGCGUCUGCAGGAUGGUUCUUUUGUCUAUCGAGCUGUGAACUCUCCUCUGGCACCGACUGGCCUGGUGCAGAUGCCAUGCGGGAUAUGCCCGGUGAUAAAGAACUGCUCAAAUUGCGGGGAUGUAACAGCUAUAACCUGUGAAUAUAUGCGAGACUGGUUGGAUUGA